CCUCCUGCGUCCGCACCACCUCGCACGCGCGGCCAACAGACUACCACACACACCUCGCAUCGCAUCGCUUCGCCACUCGCCAUCUGGCACCGCCGCUCCAUCGCACACGCCCAGCAUGACCGAGGCCAUCCGGGCCACCUUCGCCGAGAAGGCCAAGCUGAACGAGGCCGUCUUCAUCUCCUUCGUCACUGCCGGCUACCCGGCCAAGAAUGACACCGUCUCCAUCCUGCUCGCCCUCGAGCGCGGCGGCGCCGACAUCAUCGAGCUCGGCGUGCCGUUCUCGGACCCGCAGGCCGACGGUCCGGCGAUCCAGCGCUCCAAUGAGGUCGCGCUCGAGCAGGGCGUCGACUACACGACGUGCCUGCGCUACGUGCGCGAGGCACGCCAGCUCGGCCUCAAGACGCCCGUGCUCCUCAUGGGCUACUACAACCCGCUGCUGGCACACGGCGAGGAGAAGGCCGUGCGCGAUGCCCGCGAGGCCGGCGCAAACGGCUUCAUCGUCGUCGACCUGCCGCCGGAGGAGGCAGUGGACUUCCGCAACUGCUGCACCACAGAGGGCAUGUCCUAUGUGCCCUUGAUCGCGCCGUCCACGUCGGAGAAGCGCAUCAAGCACCUGUCCGGCCUGGCCGACUCGUUCAUCUACGUCGUCUCGAAGAUGGGCACGACGGGCGUGGCCGCUGCCGUGUCGGAGGCGCUGCCCGCCAUGCUGUCCCGCAUCCGCGCCAUCACAUCCGUGCCGCUUGCUGUCGGCUUCGGCGUGGCCACGCGCGAGCACUUCGUUGAGGUUGGCGAGCAUGCCGACGGCGUGGUGAUUGGCUCGAAGCUGGUUGCCAACCUGCGCGACGCCCAGCCCGCCACGACCGACGGCCGGUGCGCUGCUGCGCAGGCAUACUGCGAGGAGAUCACGGGCAAGACGGAGGGCGGCAUCAAGCGCAAGAAUGCCUUGCUCAACGGCAGCGCCUCCAACGGCGUCAGCAUCAAGUCUGCGCUUGAUCAGCCGGACUCUGUGCCGAUCCCGAAGCUCGACGGCGUCGUGUCGGCGGACCGGCCACCGGUGCCCGGCCUCGACGCCACGGUCGACAAGCAGACGGGCGAGGUGCGCCCGCCGCGCUUCGGCAAGUUCGGCGGCCAGUACAUCCCCGAGGCGCUGUUCGACGCGCACGCCGAGCUCGAGAAAGCCUACCUCGGCUGCAUCAACGACCCCGAAUUCUGGAAGGAGUUUGAGUCGUACUACGAGUACAUCGGCCGGCCCUCGGAGCUCUACCUGGCCGAGCGCAUGACCGAGGCCGCCGGCGGCGCGCGCAUCUGGUUCAAGCGCGAGGACCUGAACCACACCGGCAGCCACAAGAUCAACAACGCCAUUGGCCAGAUUCUCGUGGCACGGCGCCUGGGCAAGACGCGCAUCAUCGCCGAGACGGGCGCCGGCCAGCACGGCGUGGCCACGGCGACGGCGUGCGCCAAGUUCGGCAUGGAGUGCGUCGUGUACAUGGGCGCCGAGGACGUGCGGCGCCAGUCGCUCAACGCCUUCCGCAUGAAGAUGCUCGGCGCCAAGGUCGUCGCCGUCGAGAGCGGCAGCAAGACGCUCAAGGACGCCAUCAACGAGGCAAACCGCGACUGGGUGACGAACCUGCACAACACGCACUACCUCGUCGGCUCGGCCAUCGGCCCGCACCCGUUCCCGUCGCUCGUGCGCGACUUCCAGAGCAUCAUCGGCAAGGAGGUCAAGCAGCAGCUGCAGGAGAAGGUCGGCAAGCUGCCGGACGCCGUCAUUGCGUGCGUCGGCGGCGGCAGCAACGCCAUCGGCAUGUUCCACCCCUUCAUCAACGACAAGAGCGUGCGCAUGAUCGGCGUCGAGGCCGGCGGCGACGGCAUCGACACGAACCGGCACUCGGCGACGCUCACCAAGGGCACGCCGGGUGUGCUGCACGGCGUGCGCACCUACCUGCUGCAGGCCGCCGACGGCCAGAUUACCGAGACGCACUCCAUCAGUGCCGGUCUUGACUACCCCGGCGUCGGCCCUGAGCACGCCUGGCUCAAGGACAGUGGCCGCGCGGAGUACACCGUGGCGACCGACGAGGAGGCGCUGCGCGGCUUCAAGAUGUGCACGCAGCUCGAGGGCAUCAUUCCGGCGCUGGAGACGAGCCACGCGCUCUGGUCUGCAUUCCACAUUGCCGGCAAGAUGGCAAAGACGGAGGACCUCGUGGUGUCGCUGUCUGGGCGGGGAGACAAGGACGUCGAGCAGAUCGCAAACGCGUUGAGCACACAGGGAUGGGCGGAGCGGCUGGGCUGGGACAUCUAGAGCGCAGACAUGAUGGAGAUCGCAG